AUUAUAAGCAGAGGUUAGUUAAUAGCUGUCAGGUUGUUGUAGCAGUUAUUUUCCAAAUAAUAUGAGAAUUUUCGUGUUUAGUGUGGUUGUAGUGAUCGGAGAGAUUCUCGCAGAUGAACAUUGGUGGCAGCAUGCCAACUUUUAUCAGAUCUAUCCACGAUCGUUCAAGGAUAGUGACGGAGACGGUGUUGGCGAUCUUCGCGGAAUACAAGAAAAAGUGAACUACCUCAAACAGGAAUUGGGCAUCGAUGCAGUCUGGCUGUCACCAAUAUUCAAAUCUCCUAUGGCGGAUUUUGGGUACGAUAUUUCUAAUUUUUUGGAUAUUCAUGACGAGUUCGGUACGAUUGCCGAUCUGGAAAGCCUGGCAGAGGAAUGCAAACGACAGAAUCUUAAGCUCAUCUUAGACUUUGUGCCGAAUCACAGCAGUGAUGAGCAUGAAUUUUUCAAAAAGUCAGAACGGAAAGAAGCAGGAUACGAGGAUUAUUACGUUUGGCACCCUGGCAAAGUUUUAUCCAACGGAACACGUGUACCCCCAUCAAACUGGAUUAGCGAAUUUCGCGGAAGUGCAUGGCAGUGGAGUACAACUAGAAAGGAAUAUUAUCUUCAUCAGUUUCUUGCCAAACAACCUGAUUUGAAUUACCGCAACGAAAAAGUUAUAAAUGACAUGAAAAAUGUUCUACGCUUUUGGCUUGAUAAGGGUGUAAGUGGGUUUAGAAUUGAUGCCGUGCCAUAUCUUUUCGAGGCAAAAUCUGUAAAUGGAGUUUACCUAGAUGAGGAAAAGAGUGGCGAAACUGAUGAUCCUGACAACCCGAAAUAUCUUGUGCAUACGUUAACUCAAAAUCUCGAUGAAACUUUUGAUAUGGUUUUCCAAUGGCGUGCCGUACUAGAUGAAUAUAAAGCGGCCCAUGGUGGAGAUGAUCUAGUUUUUAUGGUAGAGGCAUACACACCACUAAUCAAUAUUAUCAGGUUCUAUGGUGAAAACGGGAAGGAAGGUGCACAAAUUCCUUUCAAUUUUGAAGUACUCUCUAAUACGUUCAAAGAUAGUACUGGUAAAGAUUUUUACGAAAAUAUAAAGCGGUUCUUAGAUUUACUGCCGCCGAACCGUUUUGCAAAUUGGGUUCUUGGUAACCACGAUAGAAAACGUGUGGCCAGUCGAUUAGGGAUUUCGCGCACAGAUCUAUACAAUAUAGUGCUGAACACUUUACCAGGAAUAGCCGUUACAUACAACGGAGAAGAGCUCGGUAUGGAGGAUGUCUAUAUCCCUUGAAGCCAAACCAUCGAUCCAGCCGCAUGUAAUUCCAAUCCCAAAGAUUUUAUGCUGUACACCCGCGAUCCUGUUAGAACUCCGUUCCAGUGGGAUGAUAGCGUCAGUGCUGGUUUUUCAACCAAUCCAAAAACUUGGCUUCCGGUUUCUCCGUAUUAUAAACAGAAUAAUUACAAGCUGCAAAAGUCUGCUCCUCGCAGUCACGUAAAAAUUUUCAAAACUCUUGCCAGACUCAGAAAACAGAAAACUCUCAGAGAAGGCUCGUUUGAUAUGAAAUUAGUCGAUGAGAAUUUAAUUGUUUAUAAACGUGAACUGAUUGGAGUUAGCACGAUUAUAAAGGUUGUUUUAAACUUCCAUAAGUCAACGCAAAGCGUUAACUUAUCUCAUGUUUACACCGGGUUGCCGAUGGAAUUUGAAAUCAUUACAUCUUCAUUACAGACUAACUACGUUGACGGCUCCAUAUUAUAUCGCGAUCUGGUUACACUUCCAGCCGAUGCAGCCAUUGUUCUUGAAGGAAACAUGAAAGAAGUCGUAUAAGUUGAUAUAGUUGCUCGUUAAUAUUAGUCUCACAAAUUAUAAACACUACAAGCAUUCA